AUGGGAGGAGUUGAAAAACGAAGCACUCGUCAUAGCCAAACUCCAGCACAAGAACCUUUCAGGCUUCUAGGAUGUUGCCUCGAACGAGACGAGAAGAUACUAAUUUACGAAUACAUGCCGAAUAAGAGCUUGGACUUUUUCCUUUUUGAUUCGAUCAAAUGUAUCGAUUGGGAGACUCGUGUUCGGAUCAACGAAGGCAUUGUGCAGGGGCUUCUUUAUCUUCAUCAAUAUUCUAGAUUGCGAAUCAUUCACAGAGAUUUGAAGGCUAGUAACAUCCUGUUGGAUAGCAACAUGAAUCCCAAGAUUUCAGAUUUUGGAAUGGCGAGAAUCUUUUGGGGGGAGGAAUUACAAGCAAUUACAAAUAGAAUCGUCGGAACUUACAGCUAUAUGGCCCCGAAGUACGCUCUCGAAGGCCUCUUUUCAGUGAUAUCCGACGUGUUUAGCUUCGGAGUCUUACUACUGGAGAUUGUGAGUGGGAAGAAGAACACUGGUUUUUAUCAGUCUAAUUCUCUCCGACUUCUCGCCCACAUGAGUUUCUGA